ACAACGUGUUCAUAGAAACACUUCCAACUACGCGCAAAAUUGGACAUUUAGAAAUGACGUUUCCAGUUUUAACGUGAUAAAAUCUUGCACGGUAUUGAAAAAACAAUGCUAAAUAUUCGUUAUUACGUUUACAAUGAUAAAAAAUGUGAAUUAAGACAUUAUCAAAUGCUUUCUCUUCACUUUGAAAAUAUGUUAUUUUUAUGACAUAUGCGUCGUCACUAAUGAUUACUGUUUUUAUGGUAUAUCUAUACUGAAUUUUACGAAAAAGGUAUCGUUGUUACUUUGCUACAAAGGUACUUUUUUUAUUAUGUAUUGAAACACGAAGAAUAUUUAUUACUGUAUUUUUAUGCGUCAAUUUUGUAUUCUGUUUCGAUACAAAAUGUUUCGAUACCGUACAAAUUGAGACGAGAAGAUUCUUUGUUCGUACAGCGAUAGCGCAUAUCGUUGUAUUAUUUUGUGAGGUUACGUUGUUACAAAUGACAGUAGCAUUUGAUCGAAUACAAUUCAGCUUUGGGAUUUUUGUGAAACAGAUGCUUGAAACAGCUGGAAUUGACGCAUCUUGGUAGCUCCAAUUGUGGCGAAUUUGUUUGAAUAUUUCCGAUAAAUGAGAAUUUAUAAAUGUGGUCACAGCAAGAUAUCUUGCGGGGGGUCCUUACUGGGGUUAUCGUGACCCAGGUAGACCGAAAGUCCUCCUUAACAGUAAGAUUUUGAUCAAGACUGCCAAUGUAAGACUGAACUACUGAUGCGUAGGAUACUUGUCUUUGAUGUUAAGUACGGACAGCAUCAAUGGGAAACUGUUUUUCAUGCUUUAAGGUGCCUUUUCCACCAGCCACCACUGAUCAAUCUUUGUCAUUGGAACAAAAAGACGAAACAAUGGAACUUAGGGGCUUGUUCCCAAAUUCUUGCCAACAAACUGGGCCCUUAGUGCCUGAACCACAUAUAAAUGGAAACAGAAAAUCAAUCACUACGUUAUCAACAUUCAAUAAUGUAGGGUCUGAUAAUUGUGGAUCUGUGCCUAGUGUACAAAAUAAUUUACGUUUGUCAAGAGGAUUUUAUACGCGUCUACCGCCAUUGGGUAAAUCUGGACAAUCGUCUGGAUUAAAUGUGACAAUUGAAUCAAAACAGCAAAGAGAAUCAGAGAACAAGUUAAAUGCUUUAUUCGACCAAUAUAAGGAUCCACAUGAAGAUGUAAUCUUAGCAGAUGGUAUAGAAAGACUUUGCAAUGAUUUACAACUGUCCCCAGACGAAUUUCAAGUACUUGUUCUUGCUUGGAAAUUAAAUGCUGAACAGAUGUGCCAAUUUACACGUCAAGAGUUUGUGACAGGUUUAAAAGCAAUGAAAGUAGACAGUAUACGUGGUAUACAAGCAAGAUUACCAGAAAUUGUUCAAGACUUGUCUGUAAAUAGUGAUUUAUUCAAAGAUCUCUAUCGAUUUACGUUCCGAUUUGGUUUAGAUGUUAAUUCCGGUCAAAGAAUACUACCAGCUGACAUGGCAAUUGUUCUAUGGAAACUUGUUUUUACUUUACGUGAACCACCGCUCUUAUCAAGAUGGUUGAAAUUUCUUGAGUGCCAUCACGUUAGAGGCAUACCUAGGGAUACAUGGAACAUGUUUUUGAAUUUUGCUGAAAGCAUUGGUGAUGAUCUUGGUGCCUAUGAUGAUGCAGAAGCAUGGCCAAGUUUAUUUGAUGAUUUUGUGGAAUAUGAAAAUGAUCAAAUGAACCAAAAUAUCAGUAAAGAUGAUAUCAUAAAAGAUGUUUCUGUUGAUAAAGUCUAAUAUUGGUGUUUUAAAUUUACAUUGUGAUAAGGAUUAUUAGCUUACAUUUAACUUCCAAACAGAAUCGUUUAAAACUCUUUGACUCAAUGAAACAAUGAUAAUAGUUUCUCUACAGCAUUCUCUCAUUAUUUGAUGUUAAUAUCUUAAUGGUGGCAUUACAGAGUACCAGACUUAGUGAAAUUACUAAAAGUUACACAAUAAAAUUUCAUUCAAAGGAUUUCGUUUGUAGAGAUGUGAAUUUAAAAUUUUUCUACACUUAGUGUAUAAAUUAGAGAACAGAAUUUCUAUAAUCUAAAUUUGUGAUACAGUAUAUAUGAAUGUAUACAAUUUCCAGUAUAUUAAUAUUUCUUAUACUUUUUAAAAAUACUGUUGAGAAAAGUAACAAAUGUAAAAAGAGAUCUCUUAUUAUAUAGAAAUUCUUCAAAAACUUACCUGACAAACUACAUCUUGCUAGACUAGAAUAUACAGAGUAACUUUCAUUGACACUGGUGUAAAGUCAGUACUGUGAAACAAAUUUAAUAAUUUGUGAUUAUAGUCUAUGAUAUUGUUU